AUGGUUUUGACAAUUGAUCUUGGAGAAGAUCGACUUAGUUCCCUUGAUUCAACUAUCGAUCUCAAUAUUCAUGCUUCAGCUCAAGUACUAAUUCCUGACGACACUGGCUUAACGGAUGCAGCCUGUAUCGAGAGGCUGCUCCAGUCGCAAGAUUUAUGGGUGUCCCAAACUCCCGAACUUAAGCUCUACAUUUCGGUCAAUAUCGAUGCGUCGAUGGUCCUUUCGGCCUCCACUUUCGCUUCAUCGGUCGGAGAGAUAAUGUGUCGUUCCAAGCUCUGGUCAGAUCUUGGCCUUGUUGCGUUAUUCAAGAGCUAUAGUCACCUCCAUUACGGCAAUUUCACCUCCUUCAAGCUCAUCAUCGGCAUUCAAAGGGACUUAAAACAGUCGAAGACGAGACCUACACGGAAGACAAUGUUAUUCGAUUAUCUUGACAAUAUUCAUCCUCCAGACUACAUCAAGUCUGUUUAUCUAUCUACAGUCAAUACAUCUAUGUCGUUCACUACCAAAGAUGGAACCGCACAGCUAUAUAUACUGAAUACAGACUCUUUGACAAAACCGGAUGCGGUAGGAAACUAUUGCUACAUGGACUAUAUACUAAAUAGCACGCAAAAUACAAUUUUGUUUGAUCCCCAAGCAGAUUUGUAUACGGAUAAUUCUGACAACACUCAAGCCACAUCCUUCAUCGAUGAGCUAGAAGGGUUGCUUGAGAGUGAACAGAGCCCUCCCACACCCACAGAAUCCUUCGAAACUAUUCCCCCGAAGGAACAGCGUGAACAACUGUACGAUCUUUUUUCAAUCGGCCUCGAAUCGCUUCUAUUGGGACGCACUGCAUCAAUCAAUCGGGGUCAUCUUCAAAGCAAGAAGCUACAACCUCUUUCACAAAUUGCACCCUCGGUCUUCACCCCGAACUACCACAGGGAAAUGAGUCAACGAUCAACCCUAAUCCCCUCAAUCACGAAAUCACUUUCUUCCAUACUCAAGCUCCCCAACCACCAAUCCCUUCAAUCCAAACUAGGCAAGCUAAAAACCCGGUCCGCUACAGCAAACACAGACACAAACAAUAUCAGAAACACUAUAAGUGCAUCACUUUUCCGCAUCGCCCAGAAACAGCUCUACAAGCCACAUACAUCCCGGAAACUGCGCUUUCAGUCCCCACCACCCAACCCUCAAUGCAAGGACCAGCCGUCGCCAGUCGAAGGAAGAAUGUAUGAAGAACCAGGAUAUUCUUCCGAUGGAGAAGAAGAACUUCUUGGCUUCAGUGAGCCCGAUGAAAGUAGUAGCUGCGCGAUGCUAUCGACGACUACUGCUGCUGCACCUUCUUCAUCAUGCGGGUCACUGCCGUUCUCGCAGGAUGAUUAUGAAGAUGACGAUGAUGACAUUAUGUCCGAUCGAUCUGAUGAAGAUGAUAUAAUUCCCACGCUGUUUUCAGAUGAUAUGGUAGAGUUUGAAGGACUUGGAGAUCACGAUGAUGACGAUAUGCUCUGCAGUAGUUUUUGA